AUGGCGUUCAGCCCUCGACUGCGAAAUUGGGCACUUUGCCUGGCCGUGCUCGUCAUCUGCGUGUACGCAGCUCCACAGAGCGUGACCGCCGCCGACGCCGCCGCGGAGAGCUUGAGCUUGGAGCAGCUCGAUGAGGAACUGCAGACCUGCUCCGUCGUGCAGCGCCUCAACGCCGCCAAGGCCGCGCACCACGACGCGCAGCCCUCCUCGCUGACCGCGCGCCUCUUCGCCGUGCUCUUCCCCGGCUCGCCGGCCGUCAACGCGCUGCUCGCGACGCUCUACAUCUCCGGGCCGCCCAACUUCCUGCUCGCGCUAUGCCCGACCGACAUCGACCCGGCCGCGCUGUCCGUCAUGGUGGCCUUCGCCGUCGGCGGCCUGCUCGGCGACACGCUCUUCCACCUGCUGCCGGAGAUCUUCGUCGGCGAGGACGACCCGGCGCGUGCCACGUUUGUGCUGGUCGAGCCGAACCGCAACCUGGUGCUGGGGCUGGCCAUCAUGGUCGGCUUCCUGACGUUUGUCGCCAUGGACAAGGGCUUGCGGAUCGCGACGGGCGGCGGCGGAGGAGGGGAGAGGCAUGGGCAUAGUCACUCCCACGCGGCGCUGCCGGCGAGGGAUGAGGGCAUGGCGACGGGUGUGGACGGCAUCGACAGCGGAAGUGUGAGAGUGCGCAAGGGGGGCAAGGCCGGCAAGGAGCUGGCGGCCGUGGUCGAGGCAAAGAAGGAGGUCAACCCAAGCGUCAAGCUCGGCGGCUACCUGAACUUGAUCGCCGACUUUACGCACAACAUCACCGACGGCCUGGCCAUGUCCGCCAGCUUCUACGCCUCUCCGACCAUCGGCGCCACCACCACCGUCGCCGUCUUCUUCCACGAGAUCCCCCACGAGGUCGGCGACUUUGCCCUGCUCGUGCAGUCCGGCUUCUCCAAGCGCGCCGCCAUGGGCUCGCAGUUCGUCACCGCCAUCGGCGCCUUCCUCGGCACGCUCAUCGGCAUCGCCGUGCAGGAGUUUGGCAGCCCCGCGGCCGACGGGGAGACUACGGGAAUGCCUCGGAAUGCCGGCCUCUGGGGUACCAGCUUGACAUGGGGCGAUAUGCUGCUCCCCUUCACUGCUGGCACGUUCCUCUACGUAGGCACCGUCGCAGUCAUCCCGGAACUGCUCGAGACGGGCCCCAACAAGAUGCAGGAGCUGCGCAAGACGUUGACGCAGUUUGCGGCCAUUGCGUUGGGCGCCGGCAUUAUGCUGUACAUCUCAUGGCAUGAUUAA